CAGUUUAGAUCCUAGAGGCGGUGCCGCAGUCCAGUCCCGCCCCGCGGCCCCGCCCGCCCAUCGCUCGCGCCCAGUGCUGCUCGCUUGCCGCCCAAAGCCGGCCAAAGUCCGGUCCGAACCGAGUCAUGUCUGCCGAGCCUGAGCUUAUCGAACUACGGGAUCUGGCAUCAGCACAGCGCGCCGGCCCGGGCCGCGCCCGCCUAGAGCGCGCCAACGCGCUGCGCAUCGCGCCAGGCAUCACGCGCAACCCCGCAAGGCAGCUGGCCCCCGGCCGCGGCCACCGCUUCCAGCCCGCUGGGCCCACCACGCACACGUGGUGCGACCUCUGCGGCGACUUCAUCUGGGGCGUCGUGCGCAAGGGCCUGCAGUGCGCGCACUGCAAGUUCACCUGCCACUACCGUUGCCGCGCACUCGUCUGUCUGGACUGCUGCGGACCCCGAGACCUGGACUGGGAGCCAGCGCUAGUGCGGGACACGAACGUGGAUGAGCCUGUGGAGUGGGAGACACCUGACCUUUCUCAGGCUGAGAUUGAGCAGAAGAUCAAGGAGUACAACAGCCAGAUCAAUAGCAACCUCUUUAUGAGCUUGAACAAGGACGGCUCCUACACAGGCUUCAUCAAGGUUCAGUUGAAGCUGGUGCGCCCUGUCUCAGUGCCCUCCAGCAAGAAGCCACCCUCCUUGCAGGAUGCCCGGCGGAGUCCAGGGCGGGGCACUGCUGUGAGGCGCCGCACCUCCUUCUACCUGCCUAAGGAUGCUGUCAAGCACCUUCAUGUGCUGUCACGCACAAGGGCACAUGAGGUCAUCGAGGCCCUGCUGCGCAAGUUCUUGGUGGUUGACGACCCCCGCAAGUUUGCACUCUUUGAGCGGGCUGAGCGCCACGGCCAAGUGUACCUCCGGAAGCUGUUGGACGAUGAGCAACCCCUGCGUCUGCGGCUCCUCGCAGGGCCCAGUGAGAAAGCCUUGAGCUUUGUCCUAAAGGAGAAUGACUCUGGGGAGGUGAAUUGGGAUGCCUUCAGUAUGCCUGAACUGCACAACUUUCUGCGCAUCCUGCAGCGAGAGGAGGAGGAACACCUCCGCCAGAUCCUGAAGAAGUACUCCUAUUGCCGCCAGAAGAUACAGGAAGCUCUUCAUGCCUGCCCCCUAGGGUGACCUUCUCCAUCCCAAAGGGUGGAAGGAGGAGAGUAGGCAGCACCAAGGGCAUGCCGUGUGAAUGUGACAUGGCCUGUGGGGCCUGAGGAGUGAGUGUGCGUGGGAGUUCUCCUCUGUUGGGGAUACGAGCCCAGAGAACAAGCUAAGGAGGUGACCUUUUUUGUCCACCAGUGG